AUGAACCGCCGAAUUCCAGCUCGAGAAGUUGUUGGAGUGUUGUUUAAACAAACUUCUGUAAUGGAUCUUCGCUUUAACAGAAUCAGAGAGAUCCAGCCUGGGGCAUUCAGGAAGCUGAGAAACUUGAAUACGUUGCUUCUCAACAAUAACCAGAUCAAGAGCAUACCUAGCGGAGCAUUCGAAGACCUGGAGAACUUAAAAUAUCUCUAUCUGUACAAGAAUGAGAUCCAGUCAAUUGACAGGCAAGCAUUUAAGGGACUUGCCUCUCUAGAACAACUAUAUCUGCACUUUAAUCAGAUAGAAACUCUGGAUCCAGAGUCAUUCCGACAUUUGCCGAAGCUAGAAAGGCUAUUUUUACAUAACAACCGAAUCACACAUUUGGUUCCAGGAACAUUCGAUCACUUGGAAUCCAUGAAAAGACUGCGGCUGGACUCCAACACGCUUCACUGUGACUGUGAAAUCCUGUGGCUGGCCGAUCUGCUGAAGACCUACGCCCAGUCGGGGAAUGCGCAGGCGGCGGCCACCUGUGAAUAUCCUCGACGCAUCCAGGGGCGCUCGGUGGCCACCAUCACCCCCGAAGAGCUGGACUGUGAAAGGCCCCGGAUCACAUCGGAGCCCCAGGAUGCAGACGUCACCUCAGGGAACACCGUGUUCUUCACGUGCAGAGCAGAAGGCAACCCCAAGCCCGAGAUCAUCUGGCUGCGAAACAAUAAUGAGCUGAGCAUGAAGACAGAUUCCCGCCUCAACUUGCUGGACGACGGGACCUUGAUGAUCCAAAACACACAGGAGACGGACCAGGGGAUUUACCAGUGCAUGGCCAAAAAUGUGGCCGGGCAGGUGAAGACACAGGAGGUCACCCUCAGGUACUUUGGGUCUCCAGCUCGACCCGCUUUUGUAAUCCAGCCACAGAACACAGAGGUGCUGGUCGGGGAGAGUGUCACCCUGGAGUGCAGCGCCACGGGCCACCCUCCGCCGCGGAUCACCUGGACCAAAGGGGACCGCACGCCCCUGCCCGAGGACCCUCGCGUGAGCAUCACCCCAUCUGGCGGCCUCUACAUACAGAACGUCCUGCAGGACGACAGUGGGGAGUACACCUGCUUCGCAUCCAACAGCGUGGACAGCAUCCACGCCGCGGCCCUGAUCAUCGUCCAGGCUCUUCCCCAGUUCACCGUGACGCCUGCAGACAGAGCUGUGAUCGAGGGUCAGACAGUCGACUUCCAGUGCGAGGCCAAGGGCUACCCACAGCCGGUCAUCGCGUGGACGAAAGGAGGGAGCCAGCUGUCCGUGGACAGGCGGCACCUGGUGCUCUCGUCGGGAACGCUCCGGAUCUCGGCUGUGGCUCUGCACGACCAGGGCCAAUAUGAGUGCCAGGCCGUCAACAUCAUCGGCUCCCAGAGGGCCGUGGCCCACCUGACCGUGCAGCCCAGAGUCACGCCGGUGUUUGCCAGCAUUCCAAGCGACAUGACGGUGGAGGUGGGCACCAACGUGCAGCUCCCCUGCAGCUCCCAGGGGGAGCCCGAGCCCGUCAUCACCUGGAACAAGGAUGGGGUUCAGGUGACGGAAAGUGGGAAAUUUCACAUUAGCCCCGAGGGGUUCCUGACCAUCCACGAUGUCGGGACGGCGGACGCAGGCCGCUAUGAGUGCGUGGCCCGGAACACCAUCGGGCAGGCCUCCGUCAGCAUGGUGCUCAGCGUGAGCGUUCCUGAUGUCAGUCGAAAUGGGGACCCGUUUGUGGCCACAUCGAUUGUUGAAGCGAUUGCGACCGUGGACAGAGCCAUCAACUCGACCCGCACGCACCUGUUUGACAGCCGGCCCCGAUCUCCCAACGACCUGCUGGCCUUGUUCCGGUACCCGAGGGACCCCUACACCGUGGAGCAGGCGCGCGCCGGGGAGAUAUUUGAGCGGACCUUGCAGCUCAUUCAGGAGCAUGUGCAGCACGGCCUGAUGGUCGACCUGAACGGAACAAGUUACCACUACAACGACCUCGUGUCUCCCCAGUACCUGAGCCUCAUCGCCAACCUGUCGGGAUGCACGGCGCACCGGCGCGUGAACAACUGCUCGGACAUGUGUUUCCACCAGAAGUACCGCACUCACGACGGCACGUGUAACAACCUGCAGCGCCCCAUGUGGGGGGCCUCGCUGACCGCCUUCGAGCGUUUGCUGAAAGCCGUGUACGAGAACGGCUUCAACACGCCCCGGGGCAUCAACCCCGGCCGGCUGUACCACGGGCACGCGCUCCCCAUGCCCCGGCUGGUGUCCACCUCCCUCAUCGGGACGGAGACCAUCACGCCCGACGCACAGUUCACCCACAUGCUGAUGCAGUGGGGCCAGUUCCUGGACCACGACCUGGACUCCACGGUGGUGGCCCUGAGCCAGGCCCGCUUCUCCGACGGCCAGCACUGCAGCUCCGUGUGCAGCAGUGACCCCCCGUGCUUCUCGGUGGCCAUGCCCCCCAAUGACCCGCGUGUCCGCAGCGGGGCACGCUGCAUGUUCUUCGUGCGCUCCAGCCCCGUGUGUGGCAGCGGCAUGACGUCCCUCCUCAUGAACUCCGUGUACCCGCGGGAGCAGAUCAACCAGCUCACCUCCUACAUCGACGCCUCCAACGUGUACGGGAGCACGGAACACGAGGCGCGCGCCAUCCGGGACCUGGCCAGCCACCGGGGGCUUCUGCGGCAGGGCAUCGUGCAGCGGUCGGGGAAGCCGCUGCUGCCCUUCGCCGCCGGGCCGCCCACGGAGUGCAUGCGGGACGAGAAUGAGAGCCCCAUCCCCUGUUUCCUGGCCGGGGACCACCGCGCCAAUGAGCAGCUGGGCCUGACGAGCAUGCACACGCUCUGGUUCCGUGAGCACAACCGCGUGGCCGCGGAGCUGCUCGGCCUGAACCCACACUGGGACGGCGACACCAUCUACCACGAGGCGAGGAAGAUCGUGGGCGCACAGAUGCAGCACAUCACCUACCAGCACUGGCUGCCCAAGGUGCUGGGCGAGGUGGGCAUGAAGGUGCUGGGCGAGUACCGCGGCUACGACCCGGGCGUCAACGCCGGCAUCGUCAACGCCUUCGCCACGGCCGCCUUCCGCUUUGGCCACACGCUGAUCAACCCCAUGCUGCACCGGCUGGACGAGAACUUCGAGCCCAUCGUGCAGGGACACAUCCCCCUGCACAAAGCCUUCUUCUCUCCCUUCCGCAUCGUGAGCGAGGGCGGCAUCGACCCGCUGCUCAGGGGCCUGUUCGGUGUGGCGGGGAAGAUGCGCAUGCCCUCGCAGCUGCUGAACACGGAGCUCACGGAGCGGCUCUUCUCCAUGGCCCACACGGUGGCCCUGGACCUCGCCGCCAUCAACAUCCAGCGCGGCCGGGACCACGGCAUCCCGCCCUACCACGAAUACCGGGUCUACUGCAACCUGUCGUCCGCCCACACCUUCGAGGACCUGAAAAAUGAGAUCAAGAACCCCGAGAUCCGGGAGAAGCUGAGACGGUUGUAUGGGUCUCCACUCAACAUUGACUUAUUCCCUGCCCUCAUGGUGGAAGACUUGGUCCCCGGCAGCCGACUGGGGCCCACCCUGAUGUGCCUGCUGAGCACGCAGUUCAAGCGCUUGAGAGAUGGGGACAGGUUAUGGUAUGAAAACCCGGGGGUGUUCUCCCCGGCGCAGCUGACCCAGAUCAAGCAGACGUCCCUGGCCAGAAUCCUGUGUGACAACGCGGACAACAUCACGCGUGUGCAGAGGGACGUGUUCCGCGUCGCGGAGUUCCCCCACGGGUACGGCAGCUGUGACGAAGUCCCCAGGGUGGACCUGCGCGUGUGGCAGGACUGCUGUGAAGACUGCAGGACCAGGGGACAGUUCAACGCGUUUUCGCACCACUUCCGAGGCAGGCGGUCUCUGGGGUUCAGCUACCAUGAGGACGAGCCCACCGGGGAAGCAGGCCCUGGGGGGACCCCGAGCAUCGGGAAACACAGAAAGCAUCCGGGCAAUGCCACGGCCCCCUCCCGUGAGCGCCCUCAAGUACCGGGGACGAAUGACUUCAAGGACUUUGUUCUGGAGAUGCAAAAGACCAUCACAGACCUCAGAGAGCAGAUAAAGAGACUGGAGUCCCGGCUCAGCACGGCGGACUGCACAGAUGCCGAUGGGGAGCCUCACGCCAACGGCGCCAAGUGGAAGCGAGAUGCAUGCUCCAUCUGCGAGUGCCGAGACGGGCAGGUCACCUGCUUCGUGGAGGCCUGCCUGCCUGCCGAUUGCCCAGCGCCCGUGAGAGCCCGUGGGGCCUGCUGCCCGGUCUGCCCAAGAGACGGCACGGGGAAGAAGCCUUAGGCUCGGCGAGGCCUUCGGGGGCCCUCCAUGUCCUCGAGACUGACGGCCGGCACAGGGCGUGCGGACGGGAGGGAUCCCUCUGUCUCAGUGGAGGGCAGGUGCUUAGACCAGAUCAUUCACAGAGGAGAAACCGCGGACACGCGUCCUAACUUCACGUUAGAUUCUCAGGUUUUUAUUUAAUGUUUUUAUUGAAAUAUUGGUGCUACUAUUAAAUUGCACAAUUAAGUCAUUUAGGCUCCUAAAUUCACUUCCCCGGAUACCACCGUUUUCUUCUCGACCGAAAGUGAGUCCCGCUUGGUUCUGACACCUGGAGCUUGCAGACGAGCCCCCGCACCAAGUGCGCGUCGCGGAGCCACCGGAAGACGCACGCCACGGUGGAAAGGGAAGAUCAGUGCGUGGCUGAUGGACAGACUCCUAGGAGAACUGGGCUGACGGUCUGGGCGGAGGGCACCAGCGUGUCGACCCCGAGCGACGGCCCUGCUGCCCGGUCACCCACUCACCUGCGACUUCCAGCACCUCGCCCACGAGAGUGAGAUGAAGCCACGUGCAGAAAUGCAGAAACAGGUUGGUUUUCACUAGGGCUUGUGUGACGCUGCCCGCGUGGACCAAAUGUGAAGCCCGUUCCUACUGAAGGCGCAUGUCCAUGUUGGCAGCACCCGCUGGGCUCUGUUCCCGGCCAAGCACCGAGGGCUUCUCCCCAUGGAGGGACUUCCUACCUUCAGGUCGUGUGAGUGCCUUAAAGAAACAAAAUCGAUCCCUUUACCUCAUUUGUAUUUUCAAAUGCAUGACGUUUUGCCCAUGUUUCAGGUGUCAGGAAUGGUAGAAAAAUCACUUCCCCUAUGCAAAAGUUGUCUUAGAAUUCAGAGAAAAGCAACUAUCAUACCUCAUGGUCUCUCUCUUCUUAAUCGACCGGAAACCUCCUGUUUUGUUCUGGAUACGAAGUGAUGUGUCCUGAGAAGCGUGUCCUUGAACAUGCAAGCUCAGUUCGGCAAGCAUGUGGUCGAGCGCCCACCGCGUGCGGGCGCCGAGCUGAGCACAGAUGCGGGGCCCCUGCCCUGCCCGGGAGGACCCCCGAGGACACAGGUGGUCUCAGUUUGUGCUGGCAAGUCCAGGGUGGGGCGCUGUGGGGUGGCCAUGACCGCGGCGGCCGGAAGGCAGGUCUCCUGGUGGUCGGGCAUGUGGUGAGCAGGGUCAGAGCCCGAUCUGGCCCGGCGCGGGCAUCCUUCUGGAAGCAGGAGCUGCCAGGCUCUGUGACCAGGCUGCCAUGCCUGCGGGGUGGGGUGAACACUCCAGUCGUGAGAGUGUCCGCGGUAGCUUUAAACACGGCCAACUUGACUUCUUGUCCUCGGAACGUUGAAUGGUAAACACAAGCUGGUGUCUCGGGUGUGGGACUUCUUUGGAGAUACCAGGUCACAUUUAAUAACCAAAUCUUAGAACUGAUUUCUGUCAGCGAGAGAGUGGAUAACCGUGUGCACAGCGUGAUGGUUAUGGAAGUUGCUCAGGUAUAAGAUGACCGCGCACCCCACGUUCUGAGAGUCUGGUGUCUGGGGGCGGCCGGGUGGCUUUGCUACAGAGGGUUAGAACGCAUGGCUGGGACCGCGUUCUCUCGGCGGAAGGAGGGGUGUCUGCGACUCACGGUGAGGGUCUGUAACUGCAGCGUGAACGUCGCGGGGUCCCCGGCUUCAUCUCACAUGCAGUGUCUGAGCUGCAGGCAGGGCCCGGAGGGACCCGCGGCUGGGCGGGGGGUCGCAGCCACGCGAAGCGAGUGUACAUAUUUAUUUAGUUCCUAACUGUUGCCAACAGCCAAGUGCCUUUCUGUGUUCAUUGUAAUCAGUUCAUUACCAAAGAAACGUUUGCACUAUGUAACGAUGCCGUCAGUUCAAAUAAAUGGGCCACG